AAGCAAUUUACGAUAAUAUCCUUGACCUUCUUCCUCUUCGUAAUAAUGUCAUUCUCGAUAAAUCGCUUCUAGGGUUUUCUUCACAAUCACAAAGGGGGAAGAUGAAUUACGAAGGUAACGGAGAUAGUGUCACUCUCGCCACCGAUGACAAUAACGACAAGGAGAACUACAUAGCUAGGAAGAGCUCGCCAUUCAAGUCUCGAGAUUCUCAUGAUCUGGAUAAGGAUUCUUCAAGAAGCAGGGACAAGGACAAGGACAAGGAAAAGGGGCCUGAUAAAGACAGGGACAGAGAUAGGGAACGCGACCGCCAUCGUAGAGAUCGUCAUAGGGACCGUAGCAGAGAACGUAGUGAGAAAAGGGAACGUGAGAGAGAUGAUCUCGAUGAUGAUGAUGAUGACGAUGAUCAUUACAGAAGUCGACACCGUCACAGAAGCUCUCGCGAUCGAGAUAGAGAGGAGAGACACAGGCGACGGUCACGCUCUCGCUCCAGGAGCCGCUCUGAACGUAGGUCAAGAUCCGAGCAUAGGCGUAGGUCUCAACAUAGAUCACGUUCACGCUCACGCUCACGGUCUAAGAGCAAGAGGGUAAGUGGAUUCGAUAUGGCGCCCCCUGCUUCUGCAAUGUUAGCUGCUACUGCUGUUGCUGCCGCAGCAGGCCAGGUUCCUAGUGUGCCAGCUACUGCUGGUAUUCCAGGGAUGUUCCCUAACAUGCUUGCAAUGGUCCCUGGUCAGCAAAUGGGCGCGCUUCCUUUACUGCCAAUGCAGGCAAUGACUCAGCAGGCAACUAGGCAUGCUCGACGAGUCUAUGUUGGUGGCCUUCCACCUACUGCAAAUGAACAGUCGGUUGCAACUUUCUUUAGCCAAGUGAUGUCGGCGAUUGGGGGAAACACUGCUGGGCCAGGUGAUGCGGUGGUCAAUGUUUACAUAAACCAUGAAAAGAAGUUCGCUUUUGUGGAGAUGAGAUCCGUUGAGGAGGCUAGUAAUGCAAUGGCAUUAGACGGAAUUAUAUUAGAGGGGGUUCCUGUAAAGGUGAGAAGGCCAACUGACUAUAACCCGUCGCUUGCUGCAGCUCUUGGCCCGAGCCAGCCUAAUCCCAGUCUCAAUUUGGCGGCUGUUGGAUUGUCUUCGGGGUCUACUGGUGGGCUUGAGGGUCCGGACCGCAUUUUUGUUGGUGGGCUUCCUUAUUACUUCACAGAGGAACAGAUCAGGGAGCUCUUGGAGUCUUUUGGGCCCCUGAGAGGUUUUAACUUGGUUAAAGACAGGGAAACUGGAAACUCCAAGGGAUAUGCGUUUUGUGUUUUCCAAGAUCCUUCAGUGACAGAUAUUGCUUGUGCCGCUCUAAACGGGAUUAAGAUGGGUGAUAAGACACUUACAGUGAGGCGUGCAGUCCAGGGUGUGAUUCAACCUAAACCUGAGCAAGAAGAAGUAUUACUUCAUGCUCAACAGCAGAUUGCUUUGCAGAGGCUUAUGCUACAACCGGGAGGCACGCCCACCAAGAUUGUAUGUUUGACUCAAGUGGUUACAGCUGAUGAUCUUGGAGAUGAUGAAGAAUAUGAAGACAUAAUGGAGGACAUGAGACAAGAAGGUGGAAAAUUCGGUAACUUGGUGAAUGUUGUGAUUCCGAGGCCCAAUCCUGAUCAUGAUCCAACACCAGGAGUUGGAAAGGUUUUCUUAGAGUAUGCGGAUGUAGAUGGCGCAGCAAAGGCCAGAUCGGGAAUGAAUGGAAGAAAAUUUGGAGGAAACCAAGUGGUUGCUGUGUAUUACCCCGAGAACAAGUUUGCACAAGGCGACUACGAAGGCUGAUCUUUGUUUACUUUGGCUCUUAGCAAAAAAGAUCUUUUGUUUGGGUUAAUCUUAUGUCUCUCUGCUUAAUGGAUAUACUUGUUUGUCUAGAAUAGUACUACAUUAUUAUCAAUUUAGUACCUGUCAAGAAGACAUAAAUAACCAAGGUGUAUUGGAUAAUUAUAACCUCUGUCCUAAAGCGGGCGUUAUUAGUCCGAUUAAA